AGAACAUUAGUCAACAAAGAGCAUCAUGAAGACCGAGGAACUCACCAGACAGGUCAGGUAAAAAGUUGUGGAGAAGUUUAAAGCAGGGUUAGGUUAUUAAGAAUAUCCAAAGCUUUGAUCAUCUCAAGGAGCACUGUUCAAUCCAUCAUCCAGAGAUGGAAGACGUAUGCCGCAACUGCUAAUAAGUUUGUGGUCUUAGAGUGGCAAAAUGUGAAAAAGUUCUAUCUAUCUAGAUACGAUCAGAGUUGGUCAAUUAAAUAAUCAAAUCUCUAAGUGUAGCUGUAGGCACCAUGUAAUAAGAAGCAUGAUAAACUCUGCCUAUUGAAAUCAAAAUCUAUUUAUUACAGUCCCAGAAAAAAAAAAAAACUGACAGAAAAACUGCAAGAAGGUUCAGGGCAAAUGCAUAACCUGACUUAAUUUACUUCAGAAAUUAAAAAUUAUGUCAGAAAUAAAAAUAAAAAAACGUGCUUGAAAUUCAAUGGUUUUGAAGUUCAAAGUCUGAUUUUGAUGGGAAAAAAAAAAAAAAAAACUUAAGAUGUAGAAAUUCUAAUUCAAAAUCAGAUGGCACAAAUUAACUCCCAUAAAGCCUGACCGUUAAGGAGCUACCCAGUGCUAUCAUGCCUUUUAUCUCUUCUCCAUUAGAGAUAGCCUAAUAAUAGCUUUGCUAUUAUAUUGGGUCAUAUCUACAGGGUCGAUAGGGCAAGCCAGAACAGGUCUACUUUACCUGGUUGUUCACUUUCUUCCUGUCAGCAGCUGUGAUGCUGCUGCUCCAGCAGGCCAACAGUGCUUGAAUUCUGAUGGUUUUGAAGUUCACUGUCUGAUUUUGAUGCAAAAAAAAAAAAACUUUAGAAAUUCAAAUUCAAAAUAAGAUGGCAUAGAUUUGCCCCCAUAAGGCUGCUUAAACCAUGGUGUAUGAAGGGGAUGUACUGCAAAACCUACUUUCCCACAGCAGUUGUAAAAUAUCAAGUCACAUCACUUAUCUGCAACUAUUUAAAGUAUGAUAUAUAUAAACAAAAAUAAAUAUCCCGUCUAUCCGCAAUUAAAUAGUAUGUGCACCGCAUUUAGCUUUGUUUCUUUACGGUUGUUUACCCUGAAAAAUCGACCCUCUUAUGUGAGAUAGACAAAUAUUCUUUUUAUAUAAUCUUAUCUCAACAGUACAUUACUUAUUAGGAGGUCAGAGCUGGCCCUGGGUGCAACAGAAUACAUGUGCAUUGCAAAACAACUUCCUUAAAUGUGUAGGCUAUACAAUACAUCAGCAACUAUACUGCCUUUCAGUCAACAGCAGCAGAUUGAAGAACAUACAUAGGCUAUACCAGCAGAGGGAACUGCCAUCCUUUUCAACUCUGCUGGGAGAUUGUUCAGAUUUUGACAUAUUCUCAAGUCAACAGAGGUGGUGCAGUCGAGCCUUAUCACUUGAAACCUUUUUUUGUUGUCGUUGUUUUUGUUUUUUUGUCUCGAGAAAACCACAAUCAUUUCAGUAUCACCAGAUACUUUUCCUCAAUUGUUUUGUUUUGCUUGUAUUUUUCAUUAAACUUUACAAUAGGUGCUCUAUUUAAAACUUAGUGAAUUUAUAGGAUAAAAUUUAGUAUCACAUAAAAAUAGGUUACUCUAGCACCUCUGUAAGGUGAUUUCCUGGCCAGACGAGAAAUACCUACGUCAAAAGAAGUUCCACCUGUUGUUGUAAGACCCGCCCAUUUCUCACGUCAACCAAUCGGCAAUGCGGACCGAAGCGCUGAAAUGAACAUGUUUACCUUUCACUUACUUCAGAAGGAAAUCUAAGUGCGGAUUAGCAGGGCAUAGAGGAGUAUUAUUGCGAGGAUAUACAUCAUUAUUACGCCAAAAAACUUCAUUUUUAUAAUCACUGAGAGCAUCGACGCUGCCAUAAAUGGCAAAACGACCAGGGCGACAGAAGAGUCAGCUUCCAACCUGCUACUUUGAGGGAUACCUGGAGAAGAGGUCGUUCAAAGAUAAGGUAGCCUAGAUUUGAAGAACACAGAUUUUGUCUUUGUUUCUCUGCCGAUUUAAUCAGAGUUAUAUGGUAUUAGUUCCUACAUAACUAACUGAAGAAAAUAAUUAUUUCUCCACUUUAUGAUGACAGCAUGGGCUUGUAUUUAAUACCAAUAUGACCAUUUGAACCAGCAAACAUAUCACCUUAUUAUUGUUUUAAGUAUUUGAUUAACAAAUUUUCCAUCAAAUGUUUGUGAUUUAUACAAAAAAAGAUUGCUAAAAGAAGUGGAAAGGAAAAGGCUGCAAUUGAUCUUCAGUUUUCUUAAAGUUUUGAGGAAUUAUUUGAUAAGCUUUGAACUGAGAUAAGAUUAGACUUUUCAUCUUUUAAGAGGUUUGUUGUUUUAACUUAUUGUAGCUCACUUUCCACCUCUACCAGAAGUAGAGCGAGACUGAAGGAGGUGAUGAAUGAUGGCAUCCGAACAAUGUUUCAAACAUGUCAGAGAUCAUUUCAACUCUUCAGUCAGCUGGAAUAUAUUAAAGAAAUCCGUAAUUCAGCAGCUGAGAAACAGACUGAUCUUUGGUGCUGUAUGGUGCACCAUUAAUAGUUGGGAUUACAAGGACAAGGUAGAGUAUUAAUGGAACAGUACCUCAGUGUAAAGACAUUAUGUCGUCAAUUUUUGUUAAGAGAGUGUUCUAUUUACUCCACAUUUACUGUAAAGCACAAUUUAACAGUCACUUAGGGGGUGCUUUGUCUCUGGGUGGAGCAGCUUGUCAUGCUAUAGUUUCCAGUAACAUGUGUGGACUUUGACUCUUUGAAGCCUUUGGUGAGCAACAAUUGUCUCCGACUGGUCUGACUGCUUUUCUACCUGUGCCAUAAAGAUUAGAGCAAGUCAGGUAGUUAGACAUAAACUCGCAAGUCGGGCUUUGCAAAUAAUAAAUCCUGCAGGCUGAACUGUCAGGCCUCUACUGAUAAGAGAUCUUGAGUGCUCCCAUGAAAACAUGUCACAGAAAAUGUGCCAUCAGAAGUCUAUUUAAGACAAAUCGGACACAAAUAUUGUAUCAUUGACUUAAGUUCACAACAUUUGUGUUACACUUAGGCAAAGUUACCUCUAACAGAAAAGUGUGAGCCCAGGGUCUGAGUAUUCAAUAAUCAAAACUUACAUUCCUGCGUAGAAAAAACAACGUCUGUUACAUAUACUUGAGUCACUUCAGGUUGAACCUAGUCAAAUAUUCAAAUACUUUACUUUCACACAUUAGUUUCUGUGGGAGUUGCAGAAACUUCAAUCAUCAAAAGUGUUGCAAAAAUGUCACCUGGUUAGAUUGCUGUUCUCUCAAUUUCCUUGUUAUGUAAGAGGCAUAAUUAUAAGUUAUAUGUGUUUACUUUGAACAGAUAAAAGUCAUUUCAUCAUAUUUUUGUUAAUGGCUUCAUCUUGAUUUGUUGCGUGUUUUUCCAGACUUCUCGGAAACUGUGGGCUUGCCUUUGUGGAAAGACGCUGUUCUUCUUCAACGACAAAAGAGACUCUGAUGUAAGUCGUCACAGAGAUUUGUGGCCUUAUGAGAGGCAGGUUUUCCACAUUUCUGACAAAAAUGGUUACUCUGUGCCCCUUCAUGUGUCAUUUUGUGUGUGUGUUUCAUUAGUAUGUGGAGAAACUGGAUCUCAGUGGAUUUCUGUCGAUAGCAGAUGAUGGCAGCCAAGAUCGAAAUUUAGAUGCAGCCAGAAUCAACCUCCAAAUGAAGGAUGGGAUUACCAAAUUUACUGUGAGAACUUUUACACAGAUAGAUAUGUAGAUAAUCUUUUUUUGAAGUCUUUCCUCAUUCUGACAGUUUUCUUUCGUCUGUUGUUACUACAGGCCCCUAGUGCAGAGGCUCGGGAGCUGUGGAAGGGCUACAUCCACUCUGUUGCAGAGGUUAGAGAUAUAUUAAUAUUACACAAUGGAAAAAAAAGUGCAUUUUUUGUGAUUUAUUUAUGUAAACUUAAUGGACUGGUUUAAAUGUAAUACAAGCUAAAAUGCACACAGAUUGUUAAAAAUAAAAAUUGUGUCUCCCUGCAGCUGUCGGUACCUUCCUCUCUCAACUUGCUUCCAGGCCAGAUCCUUGCGCUGAAAAUGGCUGUAGAGGAGGAAAAGGAAAGAACACAAUCUGCCCCUUUACCUCCUAUUCCAAACCCCAACCCUUACAUCCGCCUCAAAGCAGACAUGCCAGCGUGAGUACUAUGACUGAUAACUGAUUCUCAUCUGAACUACUACGGUGUUUAAUUCAUAUCUGUCCAACAAAUAAAGGGAGGCUAGAAGGGACACGAAACACUGACCAAUAUUAAUAUUUAAAAACAGCAUUCAAAUGCAUAUUUAAAGAUAGGAGCCUGGCAAGACAUAGAAGAAAAAAAUCUAGCUUUUCAUUCUUCAGAAACUGUGCUUCAUAUCAGUUUUUUAAUUCUCUCAUUUUAUAAAAGGCACCAGACACACCUGCACCUUGUGUCUGGUGCCUUAACAUACCAUCACUCUCAAGAGAUCUCUAUCUAUUUCCCUGUUUCAUUUUCUUUUGGUCUUUUGAUAAUCUAAUAGUUUUAUGAUGAUAUAUGGAUUGAAAGUUUCCCAAAAACACAAAAUGACUUCAAGUUCUCAAUAAUGAGCCAAUAGGUUAAAAUAAACACUAAUGUUGUGUGACCAAAAAUCUCAGACAUAUACACCACACCCCUAAAUUGCUACUGUCAGAGUUAGGCAACAUGUUUGCAGGUACAAUACAAUACACUAAAUGGUGUCAACUGAGCAGCAAUGUGACCUUCAACAGAUCCAGACUGUGUUUAGACAUGUACAUAUGAGGUGUUAAACGCUUCUUACCUGUAUGUAUAAAAAACUGAACCCCUACUUGAAUAAAGUCUGUGGUUUUGUUCCCCCCGUCUCAUCUUGUGUAUUCUGCUUCACUGCAGUUGUUACCACAAUGUGACUCGUAUGGAGGCAGAACUGCUGCUUGAGAGAGAAGCCAAGAGGGGAAACCUGCUGCUGAGGCCGAGGGAAGGAAAUUCAUUUGCUGUCACGACCAGACAGGACCAUGACGGGUAUACAUACAUGCUCAGAGCACAAACACACACACUUCCACAUUUUUAAUGCAAAUGUAAAUAUAUUAUGAGACAUCUGAGCACACCUGCUGUAUCACCAGACAGUAUACUGGUGUCUCAGUCAUGUAUUUAAACACUUUAUCAAUGUUUUGAAAGCACUCCUAUCGUUUCCUUUCAGCUCUGUAUUCAAACAUUACAUCGUGUCCCGAAAGUAUGAAGGGGGCUUCGUUAUUGAAGUGGACGAUCCGGUAAGUGUCUCAAAGUCAUGUCUACCAUAAGGGAACUAAUGGUACUGAGGGAAGCAGGAGUCAGUUUUAUUUGAUAGUUGAAGUUCUUUAUGGAGUUGUAAUGCUAAGCUGAGACAGGAGAUUGAUUUGUAGUCCAGACUAAUUGCAGUUUAUGGCUUCCUGGGAAAGCAGGGUGAGAUGAAUGAUGAAUACGACAGUAAAAUGUCAUAUGAUGUAAGUUUUGCUCUCACCGCCCCUUUUUUUUCUGCACGUGCUCUCUGGAUGUCUCAAAUGUUUCUUUAAUGUAAUAACAACAACAGCAAUAAUAAUAAUAGUAAGUGAUAAAACUUAAUUAGUGUAAACAGGUUAUACAGUCGUUAAAUUUAACAGUUAUUGAGGGUAGCUGUGUGUUAAUCUCAAAGCAGGUUUUUGAUGUCCCACAUGUACUUCAUUGUUUUUUUUUGUUUUCCUUGCAGGUCUUCUGUGCAACACUCCACGAUGUGAUCAAUCAUAUGGUGACAAGAACUGAAGGAGUUUUGAUUCCUCUGACCAUGGAGAAAAUAUACGACAGAAGAAUCUGUAAGAUAUUUCUUGAUCUUUUCUUUUUUUUUGUCUUCUUUUAUUCAAGUAAGUUUAAUUAUGGUUGACUGGUCAGUAACUUUAAGUGCUGUUUUUUUUAUUUUACAGCUUUUGUUUGGUCUGAUCGUGAAAACGGAGAGAAGAGCAUUCAAGAGGUCCCUGUAAACCCUGUCCCACCGGCAGUGCCUCCAAAACCAGGUAUUGAGUUGGUUUAAGAAAAAAAAAGCAGAUUUCAACUAUAACAAAAAAAGCUGAGCUAUUUUUGUUCUCUGUCUAACCUGUUUUCUGGGUCCUCUUGGGUUAUUAAGUAUCUGGAAAUUCCACCUCUGUAACCACGUAGCUUAUUCUUGGACUCAAUCCAAGUCAGUGUGACGUGAAAAGUGAUCCUUAACACUAGUUUGGUAUGUUACACUGGAAACCUACUAGUGCUCUUACUGGGAAUUCAAGUUAUCAGAAGUGAUCAGUUAGAGUAGGAGUCAUUUUACACUGUGAGCCUCCUUUUAGCUGCAUCCACCAUUUGUUGUUUGUUUAGGACCUCAGUACGUACGGUAGAAAUUCCUCCUCUCAUGUUUUUUUUGGAGGGCUUUGUAACUCAAAGAAAAGUUAAGACCCUGUAGCAAAAGUGUGUAAAAUUUUGAGCUUGUGAGCCUGUAACAUAAUGGGAUUCCUGUUUGAGACCUCCUUGGUUCCCCGUAAACAAUAGAGCAACUUUUUUGUUGUUGUUUGUUUUAUACCUGAUAUUGAGUAAAGUAAAAACUAUGUAUGUUACAAAGCAAAGAUUCGAACAGCAGAUCAAGUAUUCUAUAGUCUAAACCCCCAGAUUAGGAAAAAAAGGUCUACAGCUAUGAAACUGCCUCUGUUGGCUGUACUUAGACACAGAGGUGCUCCUGGCCAUUGCCUUACAUCAUCAACAGCAUGCUUAUAGUGACAGAUUUGAAGCAGUUUUAAUAUUUUCAUUUCCUCGCUUGUUAGCAUUCUUGGAUAAGUAAAUAAGGUAAUCAGCAUUGCAAUUGUAUUGUUGUUUUUGUGUUUUCACAACAAACAAUAUACUUGAUGUCAAUUUUUGAUACUAUGGUAAUGCUAGAAUAAAAUUUUGUAGAAUGAUUCACUCGAAUAAGAGUAAAAUGGAAUCAACAAAUCAAAAAUGAGUAAUUCCACUUCAAAUCAUUUUAAAUGGAUGUUAAAUGAAAAAGGAUUGCCAACAUCAGUAAGAGUCAUCCUCUGAGGGUCAUGAAUGCUCACAAAAUUCAGUGGAUAUUCAUAAAACAACUGGUGAGCUAUUGAGUUUAAACCAAAGGAAUGAAUAUCUUAGGCCACUCUUUUAACAAAAUUGUCAACUUUGUACUGUUUGUAAUAUAAAUAAAAAAUUAGGAUGAUUUUCAAAAGCACCACGACAGUAAGCUUUGUGUUCCUUGGUGAUUAUACUGUACCCUACAUUGCAGCAAACAUGUAAUAAUUUUAAUGAUGUGACUUUCUUUCUUUAGUUCCCAGGAUACCGAGCCCUGAACCAGCACCAACACCAGCACCAGCACCAGAACAAGAUGAAAUGGAAAGCAUUUAUCUGAAUUUUACAUGUAAGUAGGAACCCACCUCUGCCUAUCCAAUCAUGCAGUCCAUCUAUCAUCGCUGCCAUUUUCUCAUGCCGUGCAAACAGAAACAGGUGUGGCUUCAUUUUUUCACUCUGCUAUCGCUGACAUAAGCUUGUGUUCAAACAGUGGAGCAGAAAGAAAAGGAGGCCGAGGAUUCCUCCGAGGUCACACUGCAGCGUAAGUCCCACACUCUUAAUCAAACAAUCUUAGAUGCGGUGAAAAUGUUUUCUCUCUUCUUACCGCGUGACCUAAAAUGACUUAACUUUUUAUGACCUCUAAUCACUGCGUGUUUUUUGGUCUACUUAAAGCUCCAAAGAAAGCGAUGAUGCCACCUACCCCCCUUCCUCGCAAGUGGUCCCAUCCUCCAGCACCUCCCCUCUCUACCUCCCCCUCCAUCAACCAGGAUUCAAAGAUGAGACCCCACCAAGAAACUACCGCACAGAGUAAGUCCACUCAUUCUUCAUUUUAGUGCUUUAUUUUCAGCCUGAUUUCUUUUCUCAUUUAUUAAAUACUCUCGCCUUCAUACUAAGACUUAUUGUCCUGUGUCCUCUAGUUCCUUUUGCCAUACUGCCUGAGCUGAAACUCGUACUGCAGCAAAAGGUGAAGUGUCAAGAGUGACAUCUCCUGGUGAGAACCUCUCAAAACAUCUAUGACUCUCGAGCUUGUACAGAGAAAUCCACUGUAUGAGUCUGUGCCGACAAGAUGAAGGACUACAAGCCGCGGGGAGCAGUUGUAUAUACACGGACAAGCUCGUCCUUGUCUUUGCUCCUCCUCGUUGGCUGUCAGCAGUAGAUCUGCUCAGAAGAUUGACACUUUAUUGAUUCACCCCUCCCUUUCUCUCAUUAGCAAAUAAAUUCACUGUAAUUUAUUCACUAAUAAGCGUCACAUUAGCGUCACUGCUUGUCUUGUACAUUUUGCACUGUAUCGAUCUGUCAGUGUUGUUUAUAGUUUUUUAGUCAUUGGAUAUGUUGUACUAUAUUUGCUGUAAAGAGAUGUCACCUAUUUGCUAACUGUGUGUAAAUGAAUUGUAAAUAUUUUUUCUGUAAAGUAAAAAAAAAAUGUCUGUCAAAUUAAAUCAGACAUGAACAAGUAACUGCCAUGCACCAGCUACAAAUUAGUUUUUAUUUUUAAGGUCUUGUAUCAAUUUUUUUUUUCUUUUUUCUCUGAGACACUUUUUUUCCUUCUCUUUGAUUUGUUCCUUAUCGAAGCAGUAAUCGGAGAACAAAGUCAUCUUACCUCUUUAUUACCUCAAUGACUGAUACACUGUAGUGGAAAACUAUUUACAAUAAACUGUGACGUCAUGUCAGCAUGUGAAAUAAAGUGAACAUAAUUCUCAGCUGGAAGCUUCUUUUUAAAGCAUUGUAGGCUACAGUUACUCAGAAGCACACACUCACACAGGGAAGAGCAUGUCAAAGCAAGACGGUAAACGGGGAAACAUAACAGAGGGUUGGUGACAAAGAAGGACCUCAAAACUUCAGUUUCUCAUAUUUGCUUCUCAUCUAGUUGGGUCCAAAACCUGGAUAGCUCUUUAAAGACAAGUUGUUUCCAGGAGCUCCUUGCUAGCUAUGUGUUAUACUUGGAAAACAGUCAUUCCGCUACUAAUUAUGGGAUUCUUUUCAGUAAAGUUGUGGAAUUAGGUAUAGACACAUACAGACUUUACAUACAAGCAUUAGGGUGCAAUUGAGUGAAUAUAACGUAUACAGUACAGUCAUUUCCAAACUUCUGAAGCCAUAUCUGAACACUAUGACCCCUCUACAUGUAGUAAAACACUGUAGAAAACCCUCAUCUAACUCUCUGUGCAGAGUCUAGCUGUCAGAUUAAGUCUACAGCUGACAGUGACUUUAAAUCAGUGGUUCUCAAGUCCAGUCCUCGAGCCCCCCGUCCUGCAUGUUUUGUAUGUUCCCCUGCUCCAACACACCUG